GCUCGGCCCGGGCGGUUCUCGGAGCGCGGCGCUCGCGGCCAGCCAGGCCCCCGCGGCCACGUGCUACGAGGAAGCUGGAGCCCAGUUAGGAAGAUGGAGUUGGCGACUCGCUCCCAGAUCCCUAAAGAAGUAGCUGACAUCUUUAACGCCCCCAGUGAUGAUGAAGAAUUCCUUGGCUUCCGAGAUGAUGUUCCCAUGGCAACUCUGUCCUCAGAGGAGAGCUACGAUAGUUUUGACUCACUGGAGUUGAGAAAACAGGGUAUGCAUUUUCAGUCUGAAUACUUCACGGAUGAACUAAGAAGAAUUUUUAUAGAAGACACGGACUCAGAUAUGGAAGACUUUGAAGGAUUUACGCAGAGUGAGCUGAACAUAAAGAGCAACCCAGAAGUUUCGCUCGUGGAGUCAGACUUGAGUGACAGCGGUGAAGCCUCUCUGGUGAGUGAGGAAGAGGAUCAUGAAGAAAAGCCUGCACCCCAAAGAGGCAGGCCUAGAAGCAGCAGCCUUGGCCUUCGAGUAGCCUUUCAGUUUCCCUCUAAGAGACUGGCAAAGCAGCCAGAUAAAAGUAGUUCUUCUGAGUUGUUUUCUAGCCCAUACUUACAGGACAGUAAAAAAGUGACUGGAAGGAAGAAAAUGUGCAGACAGUUGACGGAAGGGGAGCUUUCGGGCUCUGAGUCUGAGGAUGGCUCCAGGGAUGAGCGCCAGGAGGGCUCGGAUGCGCUGCGGAGGAGGACCUCGAACAUCCAGGAGAACAAGGCCGUGCUCGCUCAGUUAUUGGCGGAAUUGAAUUCAAUGCCAGAUUUCUUCCCAGUGCGAACCCCGCCCUCAGCUACUAAGAAGAAAACAGUGCGACGGGCCUUCUCGGAGGGACAGAUCACCAGGCGCAUGAACCUGGCUCGAAGCGCGCGGCCCCCAGAGAAGUUUGCUCUAGAAAGCUUCACUGUCUCUGCCACGAAAUUUGCAGAAGAGUUUUAUAGCUUUAGAAGAAGGAAGACAAUUAGUGGGGGGAAAUGCCAGAGGUACAGACAGCGUAGGCGUUUAUCUUCAUUUCGGCCAGUGGAGGAUAUCACAGAAGAAGACUUGGAAAACGUUGCCAUCACUGUUCGAGAUAAAAUCUAUGAUAAAGUUCUGGGUAACACCUGCCAUCAGUGUCGGCAGAAGACCAUCGAUACCAAGACGGUGUGCCGGAACCAGAGCUGCGGUCGGAGACGUGACGGCCGCUGUGCCACAGGGAUCCUCAUUCAUCUAGCCAAGUUUUAUGGCUAUGAUAAUGUUAAGGAAUACCUGGAGAGUUUGCAGAAGCAGUUGGUAAAGGACAAGUGAGAGGAAAAAGAAGAGGCCAAUUCUGACCGCUCCAAGAAGACAUGUAUACCAUUUGUGCCUAAGACUUCGAAAAGCUGUAUUUUUAUACUGAAAUUCUUUGUAGAGUUGACUGUUUCUGAAUAUUAUUUUUAAAAAAUUGUGUAUAUGCUUAAAAAGAUUUUUCAGGAAAAUAGAGGAAUCUAUAUCCAUAUAUACACUGCAUUGUUCUAAGUAUGAUUUAGAAAGCAGCACAGUUUAAGUGGGGUGUAGUUAGAGUUCAGGUAAGUUACCAAGAAGACCUUGUAUAAGCAACGCUUUCCUUUGCCGUGGUUAAAUUACCUUUCACUUACCAACCAUGCUAUGCCAUGUUACUGGCAUCAUUACCUCUAGUUUGUGGUAUCCUGUGUGUUUGUCUCCAGCCAUGUAGUUUAUCCUGCUAUGGGUCACUUAUGCUGAAGAAUGUUCCCUGAUUUACAAAGUGCAAUUAACCACAUGACAUGAGAGUUAAGAGUUUUGUUUUUAUUUAAACAAAAGUGGACUGUCAUGUUAUACACACUGGAGGCCUGGGAGGGCCUAUCUUUCCCUUCAUGACUUGCCUGGAGCCUGCUGCUUCUAGUUUGAAAGAAUUUAAGGGCUAAGUUUUAAUUUAAAAAGAUUUUGAUGUUUACUAUCCAUAAGAACUAAAAUUUCCCUUCCUUCAGGCUGCUCGGUUUUUGAGAUUCAGUGGAAUCUUGGUGAAAAUGUGAGAGAUAGUAUAUUUUUGUGUUGAGAUGGGAUUUCCUAGAGGAACUCUAGGUUACAAUCAAUGAAAGCUACAAUCAAUGAACAUACUUCCUGAACA